GCACGGGGCGCCGCCGCCCUCCGCCGGCACCGCGGCUCGGCUCCAUGCCGCGGCGGCCGGCAUGCCCAGCCUGCUGCCGCCCCUCCUCGCCCUCCUGUGCUUCGGGGCGCCGGCGCCCGCCCUGACCGCGCCGCCCGUCUCUCCGCGGCGCGCCGAGGCGGCGGCGGAGGAGCCGUGGUGCCCUUACAAGGUGGGGGCCGAGGGGGCUGCGGGAGGGCGGCUCUGCUUCCGCACGCCGGCCCGUGGCUUCCAGUGCGCGGCGCGGGCCUGCCGCGCCCACCGCUCGCCGGGCGGCGCGUUGGUGGCCAACGUGCUGCGCAACGGCAGCGUGCUGCUGCAGUGGGGGCUGCGGCAGUGGGGGCCGCCGCGCCCCGCCGCCGGCCUCCGCGGCUUCGCGCUCAACUGCUCCUGGGACGGCACCUACACGCGCUUCCCCUGCGACAGCGUGGAGCUGGGGGCCGCCUGCCGCGAUUACCUGCUGCCCGAGGCGCACGGCAGCGUGGGCUACCGCCUGUGCCUGCAGCCGCGCUACGCGCCGCCGCGCCCCGCGCCGCCCGCCCAGUGCGUGGAGUUCCGCGUGGAGCCGGCCGCCAUGCGGGACAUCGUCGUGGCCAUGACGGCCGUGGGGGGUUCUAUCUGUGUCAUGCUCGUCUUCAUCUGUCUGCUGGUGGCCUACAUCACCGAGAACCUCAUGAGUCCGGCGCUCGCCAGGGCCGCCGCCGCCCCGCGCCGUGCUUAGCCCCCGGGCCCGAGCUGCCCGGCGCCGCUGGGGCCUGGGAGGGAGCGGCCAGGUCCUGCCAUGGGCUGCCGUGGCUCCCGGUAGCGGCGACUUGCCCGGUUUUCUCGCCAGACCUCUUCUUGCAGCGUGCUGACGCCGACUUUCUGUCUCGUUCAGGGGAUGGGGAGAGGUGCUUCCAAACUCUCCUUGCAGCGCUUUUUUGGAAGCGUUAGGUGUCUCGGGUUUGCCUUCCUCAGACUUCCAGGAUGUGGGUUUUCCUCAGUGGUUGGAUCUCUUCAUCCUCCUGAGGUGGCUUCUCAGCUGGAGCCACGCGUGGUUACCGAACUCUUUGGAUCUCAGUGGAUUAAAAGCAAAUAAUAGCAAAGGUCCACAAGUGCCAGAGCAAUGUGUGUUUUUAGAAGCAAGAGACAGAUCUUACAGAGGGCCUGCUUGAGAAGACUCUCCAGAACACUGUGUUUUUAGGCCUGUGCCUAAAUCCACUUGCUCUUAGAUAUGUGCUUGAGUUUUUGUCCUGAGGAGGAAUGUUGUUUGAAGUCUGUGAACAGACCAAUGGAACCACAGAGCCCAUAGCUAAAGGGUGUGUUUGAUCCAAAGCCCACCUAAAUCUUGUGACUUAGGUGGGUUUUGUAUCGUGCCUUAUGUUGUUCAUGAAUUCUGGGACCUAGACUUGCCCACUGUCCAAAGCAACAGGGGUUCUGGUCUGCUCGAGUGGCCAUCAACAUCCUACUCUGACUAAACCUGCUUUCCUCUCUUUAGAACUGUCAUCUCGGUAGUCUCCACAAAGAGCAAUGCUAAGGGGCUGAAUUUAGUGUGGAAAUUCCAUUAUGUUGUGUAAGUAUGAACCAAUCCUUCAAUUAUCACAUAGGUACAGUAUAAAUGAGCACCAUCACUGCCCUCUGAAACCCCAUCUUUAGCAAUGCUGUGCACAGAUACGCUAAGGUUUAGAAACGUCUCAAACACGGGAGUCACUAUCGUUGUAGCCGAGCGUUCUGAGCGUGGGAACGCUCCCUGUUAAGCGCUCACUCAGUGCUGUAGUCAGUCAGGUUUUAGCCAUAUUCUAGUAUGAAUUCUAUUGUGCCUUAGUGCUGAGAAUUUGUCCCAUUUAUAUCAGUGUAUCUGUUCUUGUAGCCUUCACAGACAGCUGUAUCUGCCCUGGUGUUUCUGUCUCUGAAACUAGUGGUCAUUGGUCUGUUCAGUUGGUUGGUUUUUUAAAGCAAGCAAAUUUAGGCUGACGAUUACUUGAACUUCCAUGUACUCACACAAUAGAGUCAGUUACCAUCUGAGAGGUAUUUAUUUAGUGCACUAGUUCUAUUCAGUGGUGUUUGUACGUAGUUGACUGCUGUAAGAGAAAAUUAGAUCACUUCAGCUGAGCACCUGAAGCAAAAGUAGGGAACAGCUCUAAUGUAGAGGGGUAUUGCUGUUAAACACGUCACUUCAUAUGUGGUCUGUUUGUGUAAAUGUUUCUCACCAGUAGAUGACCCUAAUGCUUUUCUUUGUGAAAGUAGAUUGUGAAGUAUAAACUUGCUAGUAGAGGGUAAAUAUAGGAAAUCUAUGGAGUCCUUAAUAAAACACAGUAUUUGUACUACUCAUAAUCCCUUUGGUAAUUUGAGAGAGGCUGAGAAGCCAAAGGUCUGUAUCUCAUCAGGCAAAAGUACCUUUAAUUUGUUGUUCUUGCUUUGUUUUUCUGUCUCACAUGCAGCUGACUCUCAAUUCCACAGUGUUCUCCUUUUAUUAACUUGACUGUGUACUUGAUUUAAGCAGCCUGACAGUACCUCCCAUCACAGUCGUGGGAAGAUGGUGUCAUUCACUGAAACUGAAGGACAGUGCUACCAUUUUUGUUAAUUUUUUAAUCACUAGAGAUUGACUGUUUGAAGAAAAGGCAACAGCUUUUGAGAACUUCAAAUUGUAUCAAGUGGUUUAGUUCAGUGAAUUUAAAAGCAGAGUACAUUUGGGUCAAAGGACUUUUAAGGGUUUCAAGUCAAUCUUUUCUGUAGCCAGUUCUGCAAAGGACUGUUAGAGUGGCACUGAUUUUGUCUUAUCUGUCAGCUUGUGUCAACCAGUGUUACUGUUUUGUUCUUCAUCUUAUUGUGAAUUGCCAGAUGUGAAAACUAAAUGUGUAAAUAAUGAACCUUGUACCACCUUGGCACUGACCUUAAUAAAUUAAGA